AAAAAUACAAAAAAAUAUACAAUGCCAGGAGAAGACAGGAGGAUCCACCAACUGCAAAAAGAUAUGUUCAUCCUCAUUUGUCACAGAAAUAAGCACCCAGUAUCAAUAUAUAAAAAAAUGAAGAAAAUAUUUGGCUGCGAGUCUAUUUCUUUAAUGACUUGUUUUGACUGGUAUUACGAAUGCAGAAGGAAAAAUCAAAUUUUGAAUGAUCAGUAAAUCGCCAAUCUCCCAGAGCUAUUCCGAACAAAAAUGAACGCGUAACGUUGAAGGUUUAUAAUACUGAAUACGAAAUGUAGUACUGGGUAAAAUGUGAUGAUUUAAUAAAAAUAUAAGGCUUCAA